AUGCAGCUAUCGUGCAAGGUCCUUCCGCUGGUGCUGGUGUGCAUUUGUGCCAGCCAUUGUGCACAGUCCACCUCAGCUGCCACGGCUGAAGCCAUCGAUGAGCGCCUGGAACGUGCCAAACGAUGGCUCAACUAUCCCAUCAACGGCGGAGUGGCAAAGGUUGUGCUCGGUUUAAUUGUGCCCAUUCGCUUUCACCAUCCGCUGCCACGGGUCAUCGUGAACACGUACAAUCUGCAGGCCAACUAUCGCAUUCCGUCCACCAUCAUCUACCCAUACCCGGAAUCGGUGUUUCAAAACCGGGCCGUGGACACGGCAGUGCGAUGGCCAGAAAUCGAUCAGAGCAGGCGACAGCUUUUCACCCUACUCGAGCAGGGCAUGUCCCGCUGGGGUCGCGAUGGGCGGGCAUGUUUGUUGCGGGCCGUGUGCGAGGUUGCCGAAACACCGCUCAAACACAACGGAUUGAUUGGCGAAAUAAUCGAUGUGAUUUUCACCCCAACACCAUCCGACCUACUGGACCCGGAUUAUCUACUUGCCCAAUCAAAUGGCCAACAAGGACGUGAUUGCUCUGAACUGUACUCUGCCUGCCCGAACGGUCACGGUCUCUUUGACAAUUUUUCCCUGCUAGCAGUACAACAGCCACAAUCCUCAUCGGAACAAUGA